AUGACAGACCCCUGCAAGCCACAGGCGUGCGCGAUACAAGGCUGUCUCACCAAGACCGGGUUCGACGAAAGCAAGUGCUCCCACCUCAUCGACAGCCUCUACGAGUGCUGCUCCAAGUUCUACAACGAGCGCGGCGCCGACGCGCGCACGCCCUGCUGCCCCGUGCCGUCGCUGCUGCGGCUGAAGCUCGAGCAGCGCGCCUGCGGGCCGCUUGACGCCAAACGGGUGCGGUGA